AUGCGUCUCGACCAUCUUGCCGCGCGGGCCAGCGCUGUAACGACCGUCAGUGUUCCAGCGUCAGCACCGGCGUCUGCUGUUCUCAUCAGCCCGUCGUUUCCCGGCGUCAGCUUUGAGCUCAGCACGUUUUCUCUCUACUGCCAGAAAAGCCCCACGGAUUCGUCGGCCAACCAGUACUCGAUCAAUCUGAUUGAGCAAAUCUAUAAGCGAACCGGCGGACGGCCUCUCUUGCGAGUCGGCGGUACAACGGGUGACACCGUGACUUGGAACUCGGCUCUUACCCAGCCCAUCUCGCCCGCUCCGGGCACGUCGCAGACGGGUUCGCUGACGAUCGGCCCCAACUUCUGGCCGCUUACCAAGCUUCUUGCGCCGAUCAACGCGCUCUGGGUGCCGCAGAUUUCCUAUACAGACACCGUGCCCGCCCACGCCGAGGCGAACGCGCAGUCCAUUGUAUCGGCGAUUGGCCUGGACAACAUUGGUGCCAUUGAGAUCGGCAACGAGCCGAACGAGUACGGCGGUCACACGGGUCCGUCCGCGACCGGCGCCCAAUACUUCGCUACGCGCUUCCAGAGCAUUGCCACCAAUGUGUCCGAGGCGGCAUCCAUCCCCAGCGGACCCAUCUUUGCCGGUCCCGGCCUUGCUGGCGAGGACCAGCAGUCGACGGACUGGACGGCGCCGGACCUGUUUGCCAACACGACCUUUGACGCCACCGGCAACAUCAAGUACGCCGUGGACCACUGGUACCGCUGCGUCGGCAACCCGUGCGUGCCGGCGCACAUGAUCCUGCACUCCAACACGGUCGCCGACGCCAACAAGCGCAUCCAGCCCUAUGCGGCCUUCUUCAAGAGCUACAAGAACGGGCAGGUCAAGUACUAUCUGGACGAGAUCAACAUCCAGACGGGCGGCACCAGCAACCAGACGCUGGCGUACGCCUUCUCGACGGCGCUGUACGGCGUCGACUUUAUGCUCUAUGCCAUGACGCUCGGCGUGGCCGCCGUCAACUGGGAGCAGGUGUACAACUCCAACCAGAACGUGUGGCAGCCCAGCAGCAGCAGCACCGUGCCCGCCCAGACCAAGAACAUCUACUAUGCGCUCAUCACGGCGGCCGAGUUCAUCGGCACCGGCGGCACGACCAAAGUGGCGGAGAUUGCGCCCGGCAACAACGACGGCACCGCCUUUUCGGCCUACGUGGCCUACGCGGGCAGCAGCUCCAACACGCCCGCCCGCGUCGCCCUCUGCAACCUCAACUACUGGGACCUCUCUGUGGGCGGCAGCCGGCCCAGCCAGACGGUGACCCUCAGCGGUCUGCCGGCGUCGCUCACGUCCGCCACGGUCAAGUACCUGACCAACCCCGGCGGGGCCGUGCAGAACGCCGACCACACGACGUUUGGUGGCAGCCAGUGGACCUUUGCCAGCCUGGGCAAGGAGGUGACGGGCGUGCAGUCCACGACGGUGACUGUGAGCGUUUCCAACGGCCAAGCGACGGUGACGAUUCCCGACAGCGCCAUUGCCAUUGUCUACCUGUGA